AUGGCCGGCCCCUCGUCCCAUAAACCCCGGCGCAAGGGCAAGAACCCAGAGCACCUCACCAAGUCCGAGGCCCUUGUGCGAGCUCCGGCCUUCCCACUGGCUGCCUUCCUCUGGCCAGCCAGAGCCUCUGUGUCGCAAUGGGAGCUCCUCCCGCUCAUUCUCAUGUUUGUCGGCCUGUUUAGAUGGGCGGCCGGCUUCUGGGGCUACUCGGGCUUCCAGAAACCCCCGAUGUAUGGCGACUACGAGGCCCAACGGCAUUGGAUGGAGAUCACAACACAUCUUCCCAUUUCACAAUGGUAUUUCCACGACCUGCAAUGGUGGGGUCUGGACUAUCCGCCCUUGACGGCCUACCACAGCUGGCUCUGCGGCAAGAUCGGAUCGCUUAUCGACCCCUCGUGGUUUGCCCUUUACAGCUCGCGUGGCUCAGAGGACCCCAUGCUCAAAGUAUUUAUGCGCGGCACGGUCAUCGUCUCGGAGUAUCUCAUCUACAUCCCUGCAGCAGUAGUAUUCGUCCGCAGGUUCAGCAGGUUCAGUGGCGUCGCGACUUGGUCCUCUGCCGUCGCGCUUGUGGCCAUUCUCAUGCAGCCCGCCACGAUCCUCAUCGACCACAUCCACUUCCAGUAUAACACGGUCAUGUUGGGCUUUGUGCUGGCGAGCAUGUCCAGUAUGCUUGCAGAGAGGUACCUGUGGGCGUCUGUGUUCUUCGUCGCCGCUCUGGGCUUCAAGCAGAUGGCCCUCUACUACGCCUUUUCGGUUUUCGCCUACCUGCUCGGGAGCUGCACAUUCCCCAUCAACAUCUCCCGGCUGCUGGGAAUUGCUGCCGUCACAGCAGUGUCCUUUGCCAUUCUUGUGCUCCCGCUGAUCUUGGGCGCACUCUACGACACCCAGCGAGGUAUCGAUUCGAGGCCUGAGCUAGACGGCCCUCCGCCACCGCUCCCCCUCUUUCCCCAGCUUGCGAACUACCUGGACACGGGGGCAUUCUACUAUCCUGUUGUCGAGCAGAUGGUGCAGAUGGUGCACCGCGUCUUCCCUUUUGCGCGUGGCUUGUUUGAAGACAAGGUGGCCAACUUUUGGUGCGCGGCCAACGUGGUGAUCAAACUGAGAAAGUACUCUCCGGAGCUGCUGCAGAGGCUGUCACUUCUAGCGACCCUGGCCUCCAUCAUCCCUCCGAACCUCGUCCUCUUCCUGCGACCGCGCAAGACUCUGCUACCGCUGGCUUUUGCGACGACGGCCUGGGGGUUCUUUCUCUUCAGCUACCAGGUCCAUGAGAAGAGCGUGCUUCUCCCGCUGAUGCCCAUGACCCUUUUGCUCGCCGGGAAGAACGGGCUAGGCAAAGACGUGCGCGCCUGGGUCGGCUUCGCCAACCUACUCGGGGCCUGGACCAUGUUCCCCUUAUUGCAGCGAGUAGACCUGCGGGUACCUUAUACCGUGCUCACCCUCCUGUGGGCGUACCUCCUGGGCCUCCCUCCAACAUCCCUUAGUUUGUACCUACAGGGCAACGAUGGGUCUCUUGGCUCCGUGGUGACAGCCCUUGUCCAUGCGGUCUUUUACCUCGCCAUGGUGGUUUGGCACGUUCUGGAGCUCUUUGCGACCCCGCCGCCAGACAAGCCAGACCUCUGGGUAGUACUGAAUGUCGGCGUUGGGGCUGUCGGCUUCUGCCUCUGCUACUUGUGGUGCUUCUGGAGCUUGAUUCUUGAAAGCGAGAUCGUCCCGAGGUCUUGGUGGGCGGGCCAGAAGGAGAAAGCCAAGACUCAGUGA